GGGUACUCAGUUCUUAGGAGGCUCUUUUGCAAAUUGGCUGUGAAACGACGAACAACACGCGCUGCGCAACAUAUAUUAAGAAAUAAUUGAGAAAUACAAGAAAAAUCAUUAUUAAUUAAUAAAAGGAUUAUAUAAACAAGUUUUAUUUUUCAAAAAACAAAAAUUUAAUUAACAAAUAUAAAAAUCGAAACUAAUAUUUAUUUGGUUAAAGCUGGUGAAAUACUUAAGAAAUUUAGUGCUUUUCAAGUGACAAUAAAUUUAUAAUAAAUGGUAAUACAAUUUUAACAGCAUAAAUUAUCUCAUAAACAAAACAAAAAAAUAAUUGUCUAACAAACCACAAGCAAAUUUAAUCUAGUAACUCGCGUCAAACAUCUAUCAUUGUAUAUAAAAAGAUAAGCAAGUGUUUAGCCUUCGUACACAAAGUAGGUAAUGCAACAAAUGUGAAAACUACAUAACAUAGGAAACCACAGUAAUAACACAACAACAAUAAAUAAACAACAGCAGAUACUCUCUGUCGAGCCGUAGUGUUUGUUAUCGAGUUGUCAAACCCACCUGCGGUGCAAGUGAAUGCUCAAACAUCGCGUCUAACUAUAGCACAGAUCAGGCUAAAAAUAGCCCAAACAUUGACAGCAGCUCCAAGAUACGCCAAGGAAUCCGCUGUCUUGCACUUACAUUUAUCACUACGUACAUAGAAGGUAUUGAAAGACAAAGUCGCGCACUGACACGGUUGGGCAAGCAGAAUAGGCGGGCAGUGGGACUCCAAGCUACAAGCAUUGCAUUGCACUGGAAGCGACGCUCAUUCGCGCUUUGUGGCUAGCGGUUGCUGGACGCUUGCUGAAGAUAGGUGGCACGGCUAUUAUUUUGGACUGUGUGGUUGGCAAAACAGGUCCAAAAAUAGUCACUCGCGUGUUAAACACUGACACCAACACACAGCGCACAACUAACUGACUAACAAACAAAAAAGGUGAAAAAAAUCAACAGCAACAGCAGCAAACAACAAUAUUCCCUGCAAUUGAGCAUAGAUUCAAUUGUAAGUGGACACAGUUUCAAGACAACAAAAACAACAAGCUUAAUAACAAACAGCGGUAGCAGUGCAAUGAAAAAAUAGUCAACACUGCGGACGACUAGAAGACUCCAAAGCACCUCGCGCACGAACGCUUGGACCAGAGCGAUGUUGAGCUCACACCGAAACAGUGCGAAGCGCGCACCACAACACCGCAAACGCCAAUAAAUAAACAUAAAUAAAGCAUUGGAUUGUACGGUGCUGUUAUUAUUAGUCAAAUAAGUAAUCGUCAAAAAAAAAAAAUAAUAACAAAAAAAUUCUUUAAAAAGUUAUCUGCAAAAACGUAAAAAAUAAAUUUUAUACAUAAUUUAAAUUGCUAGUGAUGUGCAACUUGUGAUCUUCAAUUACGCGUUUAACUAAAAUAUAAAUUCGGCUAAUAUCGUAACACAGUUAUCUCAAACAGUAAAAGUUCCUGAAAAGGUUAUUUCGCUGAAAAGAAGCGAAACUUAACAUUUAAGCGUUGAAACGGAACUGCCACUUACGUGAUCAUCUAGAAAACAUAGAUAACCCAACUGCAGCAAAUUUCGGCAAAGUCUGGUGUAGUCGACGCGGAAGCGGUCAGUUUGUUUAUUUGUGUCUAUAAGCAUAUAAUGUUUAGAAAUCGCUUAAGUACUCAUAUACGUAGCGGACAGACAACAACAAACAUACAAAAUGAUGUUUCCUCAACACACCGUAAAUUUUCCUAACCUGAUAUGCUUUAGUUUGGUCGUUAUCAGUUUUGUACUUUGUGUGACACUAACGCCGCACUGUACAGAAGCUAUACCCCUGCUUGCCGGUGGCAGUAAUGAUGUCGAGUUCAAACGCUACUGUAGUACUAAUCUCUCAGAUGCCAUUCGUCUCAUUUGCGGCGGUCGCUACUACUCACUGUCUCGAAAGUUUCCCGAUAGUGUGGGCAUGGGGCACGUGUCCAGUCUGAAACGGUUAGCCGGUGAAGAAGGCGAGUAUCGGCAACCAUUUCAAGGUGCCAUACACGAGUGCUGUCGUCGGCCGUGCGGUUAUCCGGAACUCAAAUCAUAUUGUGAUCCCGAUUACUGAUCUUCAAUGAUGUGCUAACGUCAUAUGCGAGAAGUUCAGUAAUAUAAUAAAUCAACUGAUUUACGCGCACGCGAAAUUUCAUUUACAUAUAUACAUCAGUACAUACAUAUGUAUUAGCCAUAACCUCACUCAUUUGCAUCGCACGAAUUUCUCUUAACGAUUUUAUAAUAAUUUAAUUAAAACCAUAUUAGCUUAGUUUAAGAAUUAAAUGUCUCGGAUAUUAUUUGUACACUUGCAUAUAUUGCUAUAGACAUGUACAUACAUAUAUGUAUAUAUAAGUGUUUUGUGCGGUAGUUAUGUAUAGUGAAACCGGGAGAAUUUAUAGGUUGAUAAUGCGACCCAUGUGAUAUAAGUACGUGAAGUUAAAUUAUUUUUAUAAAACCAUGAGGACAACAACAAAGCUUAACUGGUUAAGUGAUAGCUCAUGUAGCUUUUCGAAAUCACUAAUAGAUCACUUCAUGAUUCCAGUAAAGCUGCUAAUUUGCUGUGCUUUGUUUUGUAUUUGUAAGUAUAUUGAAAAACGUGGCUUGUGCUGUUUACAAAUUUUAUAUUACGAGUAUUUGUUGAAAUUAAUGAAUAAAUUAUUUGUUUUGUUUUAUUGCUACUAAAACGCAUUAUUUCUAGUUAAAUUGAAUUUAGUCGAAUUGAUAAACAAAAAAUAACGUACGAAACAACGGAAUUUAUAGUUAGUGAAAUCAUUUAUCUUUUACAAUUUAACAUAUUUUAAAUUGCUCGCUAUAAAACAUAGUAUGUAAUUUUUGCAAAUAUCUAAUUUAUGUACAUAAAUACAAAAUAGUACUAAUGACUAAUAAAAAGAAAAAUUAUGUAAUUCAAA